AUGUCUUGCAAUAACACCAAUUAUUGUGUAACUUCAACUGGUACAGCUACUCAGGCGUUUACCUCUGCUCUUCAAUAUAUUUUGGCAGCUCAAUGUCUCAUCACUGAAGAAUUGCCUCCAAAUUCGGAAGUAAAAGAUUUAGAUGAAUUUCAUUUUAUAAUAGUGGGUGGCGGUUCAGCUGGUUUAGUAGUAGCUAAUCGUCUCACCGAAGAAGAAAAAUGGACGGUAUUGGUUUUAGAAGCUGGAGAUGAUCCUCCUGCUGAAAGCUAUGUACCUCAAUUGAAUGGUGGUCUGUUUGGGUCAAGAUAUGAUUGGCAAUAUCAGACAGUUGCUACUGGUUUUACAAAUAAUGCAAAUUUAAAUGGUACUGUUCACUGGCCCCGAGGAAAAAUGCUCGGUGGAAGCAGUAGCAUGAAUGGAAUGAUAUACUUUAAAGGAAGCAGUCAUGAUUAUCAAAACUGGUACAAUAAUGGCAACAAAGAAUGGCAUCCUGAGAGAGUACAAAAAUAUUUUAAGAAAGCGGAAAGCUUGCAAGAUCAGAGUUUAUUAACAGAUCCUGAAAUCAGAGAUAACUACGGUUAUGAUGGACCUCUGAUUAUAAACACAUUCAACAGCACUUUACGAGUCUUCUCAAACAAAAUAUUGAAGUCAUUCGGAGAAAUUGGAAUUAACCCUGUAAAAGAUUUGAACACUGCCAGACUUGUAGGUUCUGGAAUAUUUAGAUCAACUGCUUAUAACGGAAAAAGGGGGAGCACUGCUUCUACUUAUUUAGCUCAAUUACAAAAUAGGAAAAAUUUUAAACUCCUAAAAAACGCUUUUGUUACUGAAAUAUUAUUAAAUGAUCGUUUAGAAGCUUAUGGAGUUAAGGUUGUAAUUAACGGAACCACACUAAAACUACUAGCAUCACUUGAAGUAAUUUUAAGUGCUGGUACAAUUAAUACACCACAGUUAUUGAUGCUGUCGGGAGUAGGCCCAAAAGACCAUUUGGAGUCAAAAAACAUAACAUGCAAAGUAAAUUUGCCAGCAGUAGGUCAAAAUCUUCAAGAUCAUCUUACUGUACCAGUUCCUAUUUUUGGUAAUGAAACCAAGCUGCCACGUGAAGGUUAUGGCCCUUUGGAUACCAUACGCUAUUUGAUAAAUAGAACAGGAAAUUUAGCACAAAAUAGUUUCACAGACAUCGUAGCUUUUUUUGCGAAAAAUAAAAAUGCUACAAGACCAGAAUUUCAAACCCAUGUGCAAAUUUUUAACAAGAAUUCUUCUAGAGGUCUUGGAUACUUCAAUAGCAAUUAUAAAACUUCAAUUGUUGAGUCAUUUUUAGAACAAAAUAGAAACUAUACUAUGUUUCUAUUUUUAUUUAAUCUAUUACAUCCUAUGUCCACUGGAAAUAUCUCCUUAAACAGUAAAAAUCCAAAUGAUCAUCCAUUAAUAUAUGCAAAUUACUUCGGCGAAGCUAUGGAUUUAGAAGCUACUGCAGAAGGGAUAAAAAUUUUAACAAAAUUAGUUAAUACGACUUAUUUCAAAUCAAUAAAUGGAUUUUUAGGCAGAUAUAACUGGCCGGUGUGUAAUAAUUUUGAAUUGGAUAGCACUAACUAUUGGAAAUGUAUUUCAGUCAAUAUGGUAUUAACAGUUUUUCAUCCAGUUGGUACUUCAAAAAUGGGGCUUAAUUCAAAUGAUUCUGUUGUAGAUAGUCGUUUAAGAGUACACAAAAUCAAGAAAUUACGCGUAAUAGAUGCAAGUGUAAUGCCGACAAUUACAAGUGGAAACACUAACGGUCCUACAAUUAUGAUCGCCGAAUUAGGGUCAGACCUAGUAAAAGAAGAUAAUAGUGACUAA